AUGAUCGAGGGAUACACGGUAGAAGUGAAACUUAACAGUGCACUCGCGUUUAACCAGUGUACAACUGGCAAUAUGAGGCGCAUCACUAGAAAUAAUGUCCGCCCCGUCAUCAAACCGGAGGAUAAUGAUUUUGAAGUGAUAUGUGUGAUAGAGUUUUCAUCCAAAACACCUGAUUCCACUCGUGAAUGGCUUUUGUCGCAUAUACAGUCGCCAAGAUCUAUGCAUGGCGCUGAGCUUCUCGUCAAGAUCAUGUUAGAUAAAGAUGAUAAAGAAGGAAUUCUCUUUAUUGGUGCUUCGCCCGACAGACUGCUGGAAGGAGCUGAAAUCAUUGGGUUGAAAAAAAAGUGUCAUGAUGGCUUACUUAGGGAGUUUAAUUUGAAAAAUUCCGAACAGUUUGUGAAUAUAGAUGAUAAGUUUUUAUCCAGUGCUGAGGUACAAUAUGUUAUUCGGAAUGCUCUUGAGAAGAUUCACUCCAGUACCACUUUGUCACUGCCUGGCCUUCCAGACAUCAAAGUGUGCGAAGGUGAAGCAAUUAAUGAUAUUGCUCACUACUUUGGUGACUCAAUCGCUCUGUACUUUGCUUUUCUCGGAUACUACACCAUGAGUCUGAUAGUGCCGGCCUUAUUUGGGCUUUUCUAUUAUGUGUAUCAUAGCUUCCUUGAUAAAAAAGAGACAAAUUUUACCGCAUUCGCAAUUUUCAAUCUUGUUUGGUCCACGCUAUUUUUGGAGGCAUGGAAGCGAAAGUGUGCUGCAAUAACGUAUCACUGGGGCACGUAUGGCAUGGUGAAGUUUGAAGAGCCACGCCCUAAUUUUGUGGGUACAGUUGGGAGGAACCGGAUCACAAAUAGAGUUGAGUUGACAUAUCCGAAAUGGAAACGGUCCCUGAAGAAGUAUUUGGUAUCACUACCGGUGAUACUGAUGUUUCUGUUCAUUGCAAUUGUUGUGAUGCUCGGGUAUUUUUGGUUUGAAAAAUGGAUACAGGAGAAAAUGGACGUGGAAAGUUACACAGGUCAGCUGAUGCAGUUUGUUCCGAGUAGUUUGUAUGCUGUGAUUAUUGUCAUAAUGAAUGCUAUUUAUAGAAUUGUUGCAACGCUGCUCAAUAAUUGGGAAAACCAUCGACUGCAGUCUGCCCAUGAAAACAACCUGAUUAUGAAAUUAGUCGUAUUUGAUUUUGUGAAUUGCUUCCUGUCACUCUUCUACAUCGCUUUCUACCUAAGAGACAUGGACAGGCUGAGAAAGCAUCUGGCUGCAUUACUGGUGACCCAGCAAAUCGUUGGUCAAAUAUUAGAAGCCUUUUUACCAUACCUGAUGUGGACUAAAGGCCGUAUUUACCAAUCAAAGAAAAAAGACAUGACCAAACAAGAGGAGAUUGAAAAACAGAGUGACAUGUAUGUGUACGAGGGAACUUUCGAUGACUACCUAGAGCUCUUUCUCCAGUUUGGAUAUGUGUUUUUGUUUUCGUCAGUCUACCCAUUAGCCGCCUUGUGGGCGUUACUUAAUAACAUUGUAGAACUACGUACCGAUGCAUUUAAGUUGUGUACAGUCUUUCAGAGGCCAUUCGCUCAUCGUACUACGGGUAUCGGCGCGUGGCAGGAGACAACCAGCAUAUUCGUAAUGUGGUGCUUUGUUAAACGUCAAGACGCCGUCGUUGAAGAUAUUGUUGUUGCACCCAGAGCUCUCGGAGAAAAAUGCCUUGACACGAUUUGUCAGAGACUUGGAAUAGUUGAGAAAGAAUACUUUGGUUUGCGGUAUACCGGUAAAAAGGGAGACAUACUGUGGCUCAAUCUACGGAAUCCACUGCGAGAUCAGCUUCCAAAUUUGCCGCCAUAUCGAAUGCAAUUUCUGGUCAAAUACUUUGUUAACCCAGAACACAUUAUACAGGAAGAAACGAGAUAUCAAUAUUAUCUACAACUGAAAUCACAGUUGAUGGAAGGUCGGUUUACCCAAAUAAAUCGUCAUCAGGUCAUUAUACUGACGUCAUUACUUGCACAAAUCGAGUUUGGAGACCACGUCGAGGGACAUACAAGGUAUCCGACUUAUAUCCCAAACUGGGAGAAUAUCGACAGGGCAGUUGUUUCACAGCAUGCCAGGCUUAAAGGUCUGGAUGAAAGCACUGCUCGGCGUAAUUUUCUAGUUGAAAUGUCUAAAUUAUCAGAGUACGGCAUGGAGAUCCACUCGGCAUGGGCGUUUAACAGAGACAAAGACCCAGUAGAAAUAUGUAUCAAGGAAGAUUGUGUGAAAAUAAUGGGAAGUAAUGGAACGACAGUUUUACAAAAUUAUUCUUUCAACAACAUACGACGGGUAACCUGUCAGAACAAACAUCUCGUGUUGGAAGUGUGCAGAGAUAGCGUUGCCAAGACAACAGAAAAACGACGUUAUCAGAUGCGGAGUAAAGUGGCUGCCAUGGCAGCAUAUCGCUGUUUCAUAGAGUAUUUCACUUUUUACCGACGAACCUCUGUGGAAGAAUGGAUAUUGAAGUCAGGAUCCAAAGACAGAGUAUUCUCCAGUAUUCUAUCUCGACUGCGUCAAGACAGCGUAAUUUAUAACUUUGACGUCACUCUUACCCAGCAUGAGGUCAUUGAUAAGGUCAAACGUCAGCUAGAACAGCGUCGUGAUGAUGUCGUAUUGACUCCCGUGGGGACACAGGAACAGAGUGACAUCCGCAGGUACGAGCGACGAACAGAGCGUAUGAGUGUUAAGGCUGGAUUUCAUGAACCUACUCGUCGACAAUUACGUCACCAACGGUGUCGUCAAAGAAAUCAUCGAAGAGAGGCCGAGAGAAGGGUUAUGCUACAAAACAACAACGCCGUUGAUGAUGAACAAGCACGUAAUUUGGGAACAUACCGCAGAGGGCGCAGUUUAUCAGAAGGGAAUCUCUUGCAAGCCGUCGACUCGGAAAAUGACGAAAACUCAAAUCUACGGCAGGAAUUUAGCCAGGGUGACCGCGUACGGCGCUGUACAUCAACGGCAGAUUUGCUGGAUCAUAUUGACGACGAACUUUUGAGUUACACGCCGGCGAUUGACACGAGACACCGAUCGCAAAGUUCAGUGUUGAGGCGAGAACUCCGUAACAUACACGAGUCAUUGGUGUGUAAAAUAUGUAUGGAUGAAAAAAUGAACACAACGUUUUGUCCGUGUGGUCACAUGGUGUGCUGCAGUACAAGCGAAGAACAGAACGUAUGGGUGCUAGGGCUACUCGUCGACAAUUACGUCAGCAACGAUAACGUCGAAGAAGCCAUCGAAACCGAGAGAAUAGUUGUGCUACAAAACAACAACGCCGUUGAUGAUGAACAAGCACGUAGUUUGGGAACAUACCACAGAGGGCGCAGUUUAUCAGAAGAGAAUCUCUUGCAAGUCUGA